AUGGCACCCAAGACGGAUGCCGAUGUGCCGGUGGAAGAGAUGAAGUAUUUGCCGAACAAUACGCACUCAAAUUGGCUCAAGGACAAAGGUCUGCGGAAGCUCAAUCUGGGCAUUGCGUUUAUGUUCGCUUCAUCGGCGGGAACAGGGUAUAAUGGAAGUCUGAUUAACGGUUUGCUUGUUUUGCCCGAAUUUUCCAUGAUAAUCGGCGGCCUGAACCCGAAUAUUGUCGGGCUGAUGAUUGCUGCGACAUCGCUGGGCGCCUUCAUGGCGUUUACCCCGGCCUCUUAUAUUGCCGACACGAUGGGCCGGAAAUGGUGCGUGGGGAUUGGAUGUUGCUUGGUGAUUGUGGCCUCGAUCAUGCAAGUCGCCGUGCAGAAUCACUGGAUCUUCUUCGUGGCUCGUGUGCUGGCCGGCACAGGUGUGGGAACAGCCCAGACGGCGGCGCCGUUGUUGGCCACGGAGAUUGCGCAUCCACGCCAACGACAGACGGCUACGGCGCUCUAUAACGCAUGUUGGUGCUUGGGAUCCAUUGCGUCAGCCUCGGUGGCUUUUGCCACGCUCUCUCUGCAGAGCAGUUGGUCGUGGAGAAUCCCAUGCCUCCUUCAAGCCUGCUAUCCGCUAACCCAGCUAGUGGGCCUCUUGAUUGUCCCCGAGAGUCCGCGGUGGCUGGUUUCGAAAAACAGAGAUGACGAGGCGCUGGCGAUUCUCGCAAGGUACCACGCCAAUGGAAAUCAGGACGAUGAACUGGUUCAGCACGAAUUUCACCAGAUCCGGAAAACGAUCAUUCUCGAGUCCGAGAACCCCGGGAGCUGGAGCACCUUCUUCUCGUCUCGAGGCGAUAUACACCGACUGGUGAUCUGCGUGAUGGUUGGAUUGAUGCAAGAAUGGGCUGGAAACGGUAUUAUCUCGUACUACUUGCCCCCAAUCCUGGGCUCUGUCGGUAUCACCCGUGCUGCCGAUCAGUCGGCCGUCAACGUAGGCCUCCAGAUCUGGAAUCUGCUGCUCUCGUCUGGGGGCGCCAUUGCGUCCGAGCGGUACGGGCGACGGAUUCUCUGGUUGCUUGGCACAUGUCUGAUGCUGUUCUUCCUGUCCAUCAUGACGAUCGUCGCGGGUCUCUUCCAAGAGAAGCACAUCACCGCCGCCGGCCUGGCCGUCGUCCCCAUGAUCUUCCUCUUUUUCUCAGGAUUCAAUCUCGCCUACUCUCCACUCUUCAUCGCGUAUCCGGCCGAGAUCCUGCCGUUUCAGCUGCGCGCCAAGGGCAUGGCCAUUACAUUGUCCACUGAUGCCGUCGCAUGCUUCUUCAACCAGUACGUCAAUCCGGUGGCGUUCUCCGUGAUGCAAUGGAAAUACUACAUCGUCUACAUCGGCUGCCUGAUCUUCUUUUUGGCAAUGGUCUAUUUCUUCUUCCCGGAGACGAAGGGGAGGUCUCUUGAGGAGGUCUCUCGGAUCUUUAAUCGCAGGGAGAUACGCAGUGAAGAGUCCAGCGACACACGGGUGGAAACUGAGGCGAAAGAUUGA